AUGUGACACUGGAGAUGGUGAUGGCCACACUGCCCAACUUUCAUCAGGCUUCUCUCCAGAUGUCCCUGACCUGGCAACUGGGCAGACGUCAGCCCCUUAGUGUGGCUCUGGGCCAGCAUGAGGAGGAGUAUUUUUCAGGCCCUGAGCCCAAGGCUGUGCUGAAGAAGUUCAGGGAGGAGCUGGCUGCCCUGGAUAAGGAAAUUGAGAUCCGGAAUGCAAACCUCUAUAUGCCCUACGAGUACUUGCGACCCAGCAGAGUGGAAAACAGUGUGGCCAUAUGAGCACCCCUGGCCUGUGGUUGUUUCAGCAUCUCUUCCCCCAACCCACAGCCCCAUCCCUGAGAGCUUUCGGUCUUCCGCUCCCAGCCAGGCCCCUUUCUAUCUCCACCCUCCAUAGAGAGUCCCUUUUUCUUUCUGUGUACCCACAGUGAACA